GCGUGCCAAACCGCACCUGUGCAGACAGACAUGAAACGCAUCUUACGAAGACUGCGAGAGAAACUUCUGCCAAAAGAUUUACCACCACCGUACAGUGUGAACGAUGGAAAUUACGAAAACCAACUCGAGGAACUGCGUAACGAGGUGUUACCGUCUCCAACGCCGCCGGUAUGCGAAGUUAUAGAUCUAUUAGCCAAUUGCAACAUCACCAACAAUAGUGAUAAAUUUUCAGAAGUAGAAUACGCCGAAAUAGGUGACAUGGGGCUUUGGCAUUCCACUCCUCUACCGCAUAGACAUAAAUCGAAAGUAUCCCUCACUUGGGUACUGAAAGAGAACAUAGAUAACAAAUUCGAAAAGAACGAGAAAACUCUUUACACAGAUAAACAAAUAAAAAAAGAUAGAGUUGUAGGCAGAAGUGAAUGGACAAAUCGGAGGUUUAAAAGUGCUUGUGAUAAGUUUAAUGGUGUUUAUUCGUGUUCCGACUCAAGUGAUGAAACAGAAUACGUAAGAAAGAAGCAUAGACACCGUCAUAGAAGGAAGAAACGGCAUCCUAGAUUCGGGUACGACAUCAAGGAUUUGGAUAGUUUUUUAAGUCAGGCCUCAUUAGAUCACCCCGGCAACAUACCAGUAGUAAUAGCCUUCCCUACAACAUUAUACCAGACUCAGAAGAACCUACAACGCGAGUUGCCCUUGCCUCUUGGUACGGUGGUCAACGCAGUGUUCAAGAACCAGCAGUGGUUGUACACACAGACGCCGCACGGGGACGAGGGUUAUGUGCUGUAUAGCGCGUGUUUGCCCUUGGGAAUACUGCCUUCUAGAACAUCGCUUCAGAAGAAAACGCCAUGCUGGGAGAGCAGCACAGAUAUUUAUCCACGGCCGUGUGGAAACCUCACAGAUACCGAAAAGGAGCAACUUCGCGGCCGAACGCGGUCAGAGAGCAGCUACAAACGCAGGAGUCUUUACAAAAGUUCUUGGGCGGAAAAGGACUUUGACACGCUGUACUUAAAGACUAAAUCAGUGUCCAACCUAACGGAUAAUAAAGAAAACUUUAAAGGUGUGCGUAAACAUACUUUGUUAGUGGUGAAUACAGAUUAUAUAGGCAGUGUGUUGAACAAAACAUUGACAGUGAAUAAAGGUGAUGUGGUCACGUUAGUGCCAGGACUCGGGGAGAGUGAUGUGGACUCUGAAUGGUUUUUGGUGAAAAAAUGUGACGGAGCUGAGGGUUUUAUCCCAGCAGAUAUUGUGGGGCAUGGCUUCCUGUGAACUUGAAGAGACUAAAUUGUUAAUUCUUCAUGAA